AUGAGUAUCCUCAUUGCAUUUUAUCUAAGUGCAAUCUUUCAUUCUUUUGCAACAGCAUUCUGUGAAGAGGGUUGCAGGUAUGGUGGAACCUGUGUGGCUCCUAACACAUGUGUCUGCCCAUCUGGAUUCACUGGAAGUCACUGUGAGAAAGAUAUUGAUGAAUGUACAGAGGGAAUCAUUGAGUGCCACAACCAUUCCCGCUGCGUUAACCUGCCAGGGUGGUACCACUGUGAGUGCAGAAGUGGUUUCCAUGACGAUGGAACCUAUUCACUGUCCGGGGAAUCCUGUAUUGACAUUGAUGAAUGUGCCUUAAGAACUCACACCUGUUGGAAUGAUUCUGCCUGCAUCAACUUGGCAGGGGGUUUUGACUGUCUCUGUCCCUCUGGGCCCUCCUGCUCUGGUGACUGCCCCCAUGAAGGAGGCUUGAAGCACAAUGGACAGGUGUGGACACUGAGAGAAGACAGGUGUUCUGUGUGUUCCUGCAAGGAUGGGAAGAUAUUCUGCCGACGGACAGUUUGUGAUUGCCAGAACCCAAGUGUUGACCUUUUCUGUUGCCCGGAGUGUGACACCAGGGUCACAAGUCAAUGUUUAGAUCAAAAUGGACACAAGCUGUAUCGAAGUGGAGACAACUGGACCCAUAGCUGCCAGCAGUGUCGGUGUCUGGAAGGGGAGGUAGAUUGCUGGCCGCUCACUUGCCCCAAUCUGAGCUGCGAAUACACAGCCAUCUUGGAAGGGGAGUGUUGUCCUCGCUGUGUCAGUGACCCCUGCCUUGCUGAUAAUAUUGCCUAUGAUAUCAGAAGAACUUGCCUGGACAGUUAUGGUGUUUCAAGGCUCAGCGGUGCAGUGUGGACAAUGGCUGGAUCUCCCUGUACAAGCUGUAAAUGCAAGAAUGGGAGAGUCUGCUGUUCUGUGAAUUUGGAAUGUCUUCAAAAUAAUUGAAGUAUCUAUUAAAAUGGACUCAUCGCAGGAGAAAAAUGGACAAAAUGACCAUUCAACAUGAGGAGAAAUAGGAGUUGAUUUUUUUAACACAGACAAUUACCAAAGUCUCCACUGAAGAAGAUGUUUGGGGGUUGCCUUUUGGACAUACUACUUGCUCAUUCUUGCUAACCUAGUCUAGGUGACCUACAGUGCUGUGCAUUUAAGUCUAUGAUUGUUAAAAAGAAGUUUCCGUGUUGUAAAUCACAUGUUUCCCUUAUCAUAUCAUUUGCAAAUACAUUUAACUGAUCUUAUGGUAAAUGUUGAUAUAUUUUUUUUUGCUUUAUUUUGUGUACUAACAUAAUAGAGACUUGGCACCA